AUGGCGGACAACAAACAGGAAUGGAGGCGGGACGAGGACGAUGAGGCGGAGCAGGAGAUUGAUGAGACUGACUACAAAGCGCAAAAAGAUGCCCUUAUACUGGCCAUCGAGGUUAGCGAGUCGAUGCUAAAGCAGCCUCCGCCCUCCGACUCCAAGAAGGCGGACCGGGACAGCCCGGUCCAGGCGGCCUUGAAAUGCGCCUACCACCUGAUGGAACAGCGCAUAAUAUCCAAUCCCAAGGACAUGAUGGGCAUCCUACUCUUCGGGACGCAAAAGUCAAAGUUUCAGGGCCUUGACGGCGGCCUCGGCGGCUUGGGCUAUCCAAAUUGCUAUCUUUUCACGGACCUGGACGUCCCCGCCGCAGAGGAUGUCAGGGCGCUCAAGACGCUCGUCGAGGACGGGGAAGACGAGGAUGAGGUCCUCACGCCGUCAGACGAGGCGACUUCCAUGUCCAACGUUUUGUUUUGCGCAAACCAGAUCUUCACCACAAAGGCGGCCAACUUUGGCAGUCGGCGUCUAUUCAUCAUCACCGACAGCGACGAUCCACAUCCCUCAAACAGAGCAGCCGCAUCCGCUGCAGCAGUGCGCGCCAAGGAUCUCUAUGAUCUGGGUGUGACAAUCGACCUGUUUCCGAUCGCCCGGGGUGACUCCAUGUUUGACCUCUCCAAGUUCUACGACGACAUCGUCUACGGUGAUUCUCUGGCCGAAGCUGAGCCGUCGGCUGCCCCGGUUUCCAAGUCCGGAGAUGGUUUGACUUUGCUCAACUCUCUCGUUUCCAACAUCAACUCCAGACAAACCCCGAAGCGGGCAUUGUUCUCUGCCGUGCCCUUCGAAAUUGCCCCGGGGCUUCGAAUAUCCAUCAAGGGCUACAACGUGUUGCAUCGGCAGACGCCGGCGAGGACAUGCUACAUCUGGCUUGACGGAGACAAGCCUCAGAUUGCGGCUGGAGAAACAACCCGAAUUGCCGAGGAUAGCACGAGAACGGUGGAGAAGAACGAAAUCAAGAAGGCGUACAGGUUUGGCGGGGAAUACGUCUACUUUACCCCCCAAGAGUCAAAGUCCCUCCGAGACUUUGGUCCUCCCGUCAUCCGCAUCAUCGGCUUCAAGCCUCGCAGCUUUCUCCCUGUGUGGGCGAGCGUCAAGAAGUCAACCUUUAUAUUCCCCAGCGAGGAAGACUACAUUGGCUCAACUCGCGUCUUUGCCGCUUUGUGGCGGAAACUGCUUCAGGACGACAGGAUUGGCGUUGCGUGGUGCAUUGUCCGAGCGAAUGCGCAACCGAUACUUGCCGCUCUGGUUCCGUCCAAGGAACAGUCGGAUGAUGGCUCGGGAACUCCUUAUCUACCCUCCGGGCUCUGGAUCUACCCACUCCCAUUUGCGGAUGACUUGAGGGAAAUCAAGGCGCCGGCCGACGCCUGCCAAAGCUCGGACGAGCUCAAGACCCGGAUGAGAGUGGUGAUCCAGCAGCUGCAACUGCCAAAGGCCAUGUACAACCCAACAAAGUACCCAAACCCGGCAUUGCAGUGGCACUACCGGAUCCUGAAGGCGCUGGCCCUUGAGGAAGAAGUACUAGAGAAGGCGGAGGAUGCUACGGAGCCAAAAUUCAAAGCCAUCAGUAAGCGAGCCGGUGGCUCGAAGGCACUCAAGCGCGAAGCAGACGACGACGCAUCAGAUCGGCCUACCAAGCAGCGAAGAGGUAGCCCGGACAAGGCGGGGGGCUCGUCGAUGACGAUGGCGCAGCUCAAGACUGCCACGGCGAGCGGCGGCAUCGCAAAAAUGACGGUAGCGCAGCUGAAAGAUGUAGCUGGAGUGCGAGGGCUGAGCACCAGCGGCAGGAAGAUGGAGCUGGUCGAGAGGAUAGAACGAUGGGUGGAGGAGAAUGCCUGA